GUGGCAAAGCUGGCAGCUGUUUCUUCUGCUCUGCCAUUUGCUUGUAUUACUGUGUAUGCAGAAACAGAAAAGGAAUCAAAAGGCCAGCUGCUGAAGCCAAAUCAGCUUCCAAUUUACUGUCCACCACCUCUGAAAUCAAAAUAUGUUGAAGAACAGCCUGGUCACUUGCAGAAGCAAUUUUCUUCUGUAAGACAGACAACCGGCCGCUAUAUCGGAUGGUGCAAGGAUGCUUUUGUCUUUGUUAAAAAUGGAAUAACUGAUUCAAUUCAACUUGGAAAAGAUGCUUAUGUUUACCUGAAGAAUCCGCCCCCAGAAUUUCUUCCCAAAGUUGGUGUAAUUACAAUAUCAGGCUUUGCUGGCAUGGUGCUGGCCAGAAAAG